AUGAAGAUGAAACGGCUGUUCGUGUGUGCCGCGUUGUCGGUAAUUGGGUACCAGGUGCUCGCCCAAGAGGCCGCCAGGCCAGACGCUGAAGCCGCGGGCACGAAGUUCACCAUCGACAACUGCGUGAACACCUUCAACGAAGAGGGCGCCAUCAAGACCGACGCCGGCUACCAGUACUGGUUCGCCGACAAGAAGUUUCUCGACGGCCGCACGCUGAAGCUGAGCGUCGUGAAGCCCCACCAAGCGACCCACGCCCCCCACACGCACGCCGAGGACGAGUUCUUCUUCAUCCUUGAGGGUGAGGCCGAGUUUCACCUGAACGGCCGGACCAAGACCGGCGGGCCGUUGACCAGCUUUUACUGCCCGCCCCACUCGCACCAUGGCCUGCGCAACAUCGGCGAUACCGAGAUGAAGUACCUGGUCGUGACGUCCUUGAAGGCCUGGCUGCGGAUAAAGUCUGUGAAUGCCUGCUCGCUGGACCACUCGCUGGUGAUCAGGUACGAGGCGUCGUCCGCGACGUCCUUCCACAGCGAGGAGCUGUCGUGCCCUUCCGCCGCUUUGAGGGCGUCGAUCACGCCGGCAAACUUCUCCUCGAAGUCGGCUUGCUUCCCAGGAAUCACGUGA